AUGACACGCCGAUUUGUUCGCGCGGGUGUACAACUCGCAGUAUUUGCUGUUUGUAUACUGGUUUUCGUCGUAACUCUAGAUAACCGGUUUCGCGUCCUACCUGCCGCUAUUCAUGGCCACCUCCCUUCGCACUAUUCAGGACUCGUCGUUACAGAUGUCACUAUAACAUCGUGCUCGUAUAUCAAUCCCUUCUCCAAAUGCAAACCCAUUUCGCAAUCAUGGACGCAAGUCGACAAGGAUCUUUAUUUGCGCACGGGUUGGACGUCCACCGCCUUUGUCCAAUUUGAACGGAAAAGGGAGGAGGACCUACUUCCUACGGACAAAGUUGUGAUCGAUUUGAAGAUUAGUCGGCUUGUUCCAGAGACCACUGAAGAUACUAAGGAUGGGGAGAAAGACGAAGCCACGUGGGAACCGAGACCAGGUGGCAUUUGGCUGAGACGAACAGCCAAGCGCCACGCGAGUGAUUCGCAGACUGCGAUCACCUUAGUCGAUGUCCUUUUCGGUGCCGAUGCGGUGGAUCCGCGGAUUGGCUGGGAGGUCAGAGAUACGCCACUGCUGCUAGAUAGUCGGACGGAGGAGUUGGAAGCCCGUAUCAGUGUUCAGAGGGGAGAUCCGCAGAAGAUGAAAAAACCAAUCCCCAGGAUCAAUGAACAUGGUCGCUUUAAGAUUAUGCAGCUGGCUGAUUUGCAUUUGAGCACCGGUCUUGGAUUGUGCCGUGACCCUAUCCCAGCGGAACCUGUUCCUGGCCAGAAGUGUGAGGCCGACCCGCGGACACUCGAGUUUGUGGAGAGGCUCCUUGAUGAAGAGAAGCCCGAUAUGGUGGUCCUCACUGGCGAUCAGGUAAAUGGCGAAACCUCUAAGGAUGCACAAAGUGCGCUUUUCAAGUCUGUCAAGCUGCUCGUGGAUCGCAAAAUCCCCUAUGCAGCUAUUUUUGGCAACCAUGACGACGAAGGCAAUCUCAACCGGUCGGAGCUUAUGGCCAUGUUAGAGCAACUGCCGUAUUCAUUGUCGUCGGCUGGCCCCGAGGAUAUUGACGGUGUUGGUAACUACAUCGUCGAGGUUCUUGGUCGUGGUACUAGCGCACACUCAGCUUUGACUCUUUAUCUUCUUGAUUCGCAUUCGUAUUCGCCAGAUGAACGACAAUUUCGAGGUUAUGACUGGAUCAAACCCAACCAGAUUCGCUGGUUCAAGAACACUGCCCAGGGCCUUAAGAGUAAACAUCAUGAAUAUGCGUACAUGCACAUGAACAUGGCAUUCAUUCAUAUUCCGUUGCCCGAAUACCGUGACCCAAAUAACCUGUUCAUUGGCAAUUGGGACGAGCCCCCGACCGCUCCAGGAUUCAAUUCAGGGUUCAAGGAUGCACUCGAAGAGGAGGGUAUCCUUUUUGUUAGCUGUGGGCAUGACCACGUCAAUGACUACUGCAUGCUUAACAAUAACAAAGACGAAAAGCCGUCGCUCUGGAUGUGUUAUGGAGGAGGCGUUGGAUUCGGAGGCUAUGGAGGCUAUAAAGAUUAUGUCCGGCGUGUGAGGUUCUUCGACUUUGACAUGAAUGCAGGGCGUGUUAUGACUUAUAAGCGACUUGAGUACGGCGAAACAGAGGCCAAGAUUGAUGAACAGAUGAUAGUUGACGGUGGUGCCGUAAGAGGACUGUCGUGA